UUACUUGUCGCUCCUUGAAAUGAUGACAGAUUUUAAUGUCGGGCUGACUCUUUAUUUAAUUGUUGCAUAUUAUACGUCUACUCUUACUUGUACAUGUAGUGUGGGCUAUUUAGCCAUUUCAGAGAUUGAAAACAAGAUUGGAACAAAAGAUUUAUUGAAUACAUUUCACGCUGAAUCUCUAUCAGUUUGUGCUGCCGAGUGUUCGAACGAUUGUUCCUGUUUUGGGUAUCAUCGCGAUAUGAAACAAUGUCGAUUGCAUGUAAUCUGUGAUAAAGACCACAUCGUAAAUGCAGAAAUGGGAUGGCGGUACUACCGGGUGUCACAAAACGCUGUGGACUGUUUGGCGUUGUAUCAGAGUGGACAGACAUGUUCCGGGGUAUACACAAUAUAUCCAGGUGGCAUUCAAACUAAUGUCCUCUGUAAUAUGGAGAUAUCAGGAGGAGGGUGGACGGUUAUUCAGAACCGCUUUGAUGGAUCUCUGGAUUUUAAUAGAAACUGGUUAGAUUAUAAAACUGGAUUCGGAUCGCCCAACGGAGAAUACUGGAUAGGUAAUAAGAUUAUUUACAAAUUGACGAAAGAUCUCACCAGCUCCUUAUAUGUCACUAUAAUGCUAACAAAUGGAACCAGCUUAUUUCAACAGUAUGAGACGUUCUCAAUUGCAAAUGAACUGGACAACUAUAGACUUUACAUUGCUGGACAAUCCUCUGGAACUCUGGGAGACAGGAUGACAGAUACAACAGCUGGUGACAACAUAAACGGGAUGAUGUUUACCACAAAAGAUCGAGACAAUGAUAGACAUCCUAACCAAUGUGCUAGUGAGCAUUUCGGAGGAUGGUGGUAUAAUGUUUGUCAUGACGCUUAUCUGAAUGGACUUUAUGGGUCGGUGUUGUGGAAACAGCCUUGGUAUCCUAAGAUUGGAGAUGGAACACUGAUAAUGAAAACAGUCAUGAUGGUAAAAAGAGGGUGAACGGAAACGAAAAUUUCUAAGUCGGCAUCAAAGAAUUGCAGAUAAAACCUGUUGUUUUGUUUUGUUUUACAGCAAUUCUAAAAAUAAAAAUGUUCCCAUGACCCUGAUUUGUUUGUAAUCAAUUAUUAUAGAACCAAAAUUUCCUCAAAGUUUAUACUCUCUAUCUGUUAAUAUACAUUUCAUCCGGUAUCCUCAAAUAUUUGGCGUCACAUAUUUUUACAUUGUUCGUCUUCCUAAUAGUUUUCUUUUCCAGCACAAGACACUGAUACACAAUAAUAGAAUGCGUCUGACGGAAAUGGCGAAGUCUAUAUGACAAUCUCAGAACAAGCUCUUGCAUAUCAAAUCAGUUGAGAGAUAUAAAUAUCAUAUGCAGGCGUUAAUUGAAUAUUACGACACAAAUAUACAAUGUUGACGAUGGAGAAGCUGAAAUCAUGCUGUUUAUCAUAAAGCUGAGUUGUUAGUUUGCCGUUAAUAUUUGUUUUCAAUAAAAUAUCCAAGUAUGAAGCAGAAGUCAAUUAGUCUGUGGUGUAUUUUAUUUCGAGUUUACAGAGAUACAUCGAAUGGACAUAUGAAUGAAAUUAUUAUUGUUGAUAGAUAAAACGUCGUCAAUACAUGUAUAUCUAAAUGUUGCAUUAAAGGCAUCAUCAAACAAUAUUAUCAACAGAUAAUUCAAUUUAUGCCGCUUUGAGAAAUUUGUAAAUUUUUACACCGUCGGAUAGUAACGAAUUUUUGAGCCAAUCAAAUUCUUUGUUUAGAAAGCGUCCUUUUUCCAAACUUUCCAAAGCCUGUUAUUGUGCUGUGAAAAUAAAACCCACCACCCACG